AAUAGUUUAUAAUUCGGGUAGUUUUCUCAUUUCGCCUCCCACUUAACAAAAAUUGGAUGGUUAUUGGACGAAAGGGUAUUAUUUUUUACAUUGUGGGAAUAGAAUGGCAUGAUGGUGCAAAAAAUAGGAUAUGUGUAUGUUUAUUAACUUGCAAUAGUACAAGGGCAUAACAUGCUAUUCACCCUUUACGAAAUGAAAAAAUUGCUUUGCAUAGAUUUAGAACGAAAAACUUUUUCUUAAAAGACUAUAUAUAUUAUAAUAUAGUAAUUAUUCAGGUCAAUCAGGCGGGUUCGGGUUAGUCAGAUUUGGGUCAAUCAGGUUAGGGGUUAAUCGACUUGCUGGUUAGUCGGGUUACGGGUCGGGCGAGUUGCGGGUCAUUGACUUUUAGUAAAUUCGGGUUGUAGGCGGUUGCGGGUCGGGUUUAUCGGAUGGGUUACACGGGUCGGGUUCUGUUUUGACAUCUAUACUUAGCAUCCGAUAUCCACCUAUGGAGGCUUACACUUUUGAAAUCAAGACCAGUCUCAUCACCAUGAUCUAAAGCAACAUCUAGUUUCAUGGACUUGAAAAUUAGUCACCAAGAAAACAUAUCAACGGUUCUAUGAGUGGACGGAUGGUAUAAAGAUGAAUGAAGUGCCACAAGAAGCACUUAGGUUGAGCCUUUUUUUUUUUUGGUAGAAGGUUGAGCCUUUUUUUAAUACUCCUUAAGUGACAAGGCAAAAAGUUGUCUCAAUAAGCGACCUCAUCUCUCGAUUGUCUUUUGGGAUGACUUGUCGAUAAAGUUCAUGGUAAGGUACUUCUCGCAUUCCAAGAUAGCGGAGUUUUGAAGGAAGACCACUCACUUUGUUCAAGAGGAAUAUGAAACCUUGAGAGAUCCUUAAGAGUGCUAUACUGACCUCUUCCUUUAAUUCCCUCACCACGGUUACGAUGGAGAUUUCAAGAAUGGAACCUUUUACAACGGUCUCUUCCAAGAAGAUCAUAUGAUCAUCGAUUCCUUGUGUCAAGGGAACAUGCUCAAUAAGAAACUCCUGCAAAUGAUCGAGUUAUUCGAAGAAAUAGCCCGAAGGGGUAUGAUUGGGGCAUGACAAGGAGAGGAAGGCGGACUCAUAGGAAAGGAGUGCAUGCUACCGAGGCAAGACCUUCACUUGAGGCAAAGACGGAUGGGUUGAUCAAGGUAUUGUUGAAGGAUAGAAGUCAAGGCAAGAGACUAGUGAUGGUUUGUGAAUGGUGCGCAAGUCCCAACCACACGUUGGAGGAAUUCCAAGUUACGAUGGAGGCGAAUACCCUGGAGGAGCAAGUUAACUUCAUUGUGAAUGCUAGGGGAAACAACAACAAAUCCCCCUAUAGCAACACAACCAACCCAGGAUGGCACAACCAUGCGAACUUUUCAUGGGCAUCACCGGCUACUCUGAGAUCCCCAUGUUUUGAAGGGCCUAGUGGUGGAUAUCAACCAAGACUCCCAUUUUCUCAACCAAGGUAUCAAUUUCAAGAAACAUACUUUCAUUUGCAACAAUAUCAACCACAAAGCGGGAAAGGGUAUCAACAACCCGAUAAGAUCUCCAAGCUCGAAGAUUUUGUGACCCAGGCCAUUAAGACUGCUCUGCUCUUAUGGUGGAGAUAGGUUCAGGAAGGAUAAUAUAAGAUUAAUCACCUCUUCCAUCACAAGCUUCACAGACUCGUUUAUGACAUUCAUUAACCUGUCAUCAUUCACACCACAAUCUAUGAUCUCUUGUACAUGAGCAUCACCAAGAUCAGUUAGAACUCAUGGGACAUGUAAUUAUUUCCUUGCAUUUAGCCCACACACCACAUCAUAUCAUAUGAACAUUUCUAACCAACCAACAAACAUAUUACAACACUUCCCAGAUGAGAAAUUCACUUGUGAGGUACCAUUCCCUAAUUAAUUCUGACCCAUAUGAGAGUAUGGGAUGAGUAAUAAAAGCAGUCACACGAAUAUAUGUAAUUAAGGGGAGACAAGGGCAAGCAAAAAUUCAGAUCCCACUUGAUUUCCACAAUCUUGGAUAGGAGAUUUAGACAUCACAUAAUUGCCAAAUUGCUAUAGGGAAAAGGAUUUUCUUUAGCAGCAGAAGGAAAGGUAAGAGGGAGUUGAACUACCUACCUUUUUCUGUAGUUGAGUUAGUCCGAUCACACCAUAUGGCCUCCCUUAUUCGAGGAGGAGAAAAAUUUGGGCCUUGAAGGAAUGAAGAGUUAUGCCUCAAUAACACUCCAAUCAGAGAUGCAGAUGCUACGACCCCUCCCAAAGCACACAAAAGCUCUGCCUGUACCAAAAUCUAGCAUUCAAACGUUACAAACCCUAUAACAUGGUUAUAAGUUAGUACUAAUAUCUCUUAAUUCACACAAGAGCAAGAUCUUCUUCUUCUCCUUCCACCAUCUUUAGCCUGCCUCUCGACCAACAGAACGAAAAUGUCAUCGUUCGGAGUGUACCUUGAGCUUGGCUCUCUCGCGAAUCAAAAUGAGGGAAGAAUCUAUGACUCGACUUUGGCCGUUCUCGACCAACUCAUUGGGAAUAUUGGCGGCUUUCAGUCACUCAAGCUAGUGCACCCCUCUCCGGCAAAUUGUCGACAUUUUUGAAGCUUGGAAAUAAAAAUGCACGACAUGAAAAACAAAUUGUUAUAUUGAUAUAUAUAAUAUACACAAUAUAAUACAUUCAAUUUCUGCAGCGCAGACAUUAAGGUAAGGAAAAUAUAAAUGGAAGGAAAAACAUCCAUAUCUCUUACCUCGAGAAGAAGAAAUCUUGGAAGAGGAGAUUGCUAGAGUAUUGAUUGAGGGAGCAGAGAGCAGAUGAUUCUUAAAAAUGGUCAUCAAGGAACAACUCGCUGGACAUAGCAGUCGACAACAGGGGCAGCGAGCGACCAGUAAAUUAGGUUCGUGGAAGCAGAAAAAGCCAAGCCCCAACCGAAACGACAACAGUCUCUCAGUCACCGUUCCACUAUUAGCUAAAAUAAAUGAAGCAGUAUUGUGUUGUCUAGGCUAGACUAUUGGCAUUACCAUGUGAAAAGGACGACACUGUCAGUCAGUCGCACGAAACAAUGCUGACUUGGUGAUCACUCACGGAGCGUCGGGUGGAAAACUUAAAACAAGAAUGAUAAUAAUAAUUGCCCACUCAGUAUUCAGCUUUCCAAAGUGGGCAAGGUAGUGUUUACGCACAUCGAUGUGAGUGUCUUGUUAGUGUGGGUCAAGUGACCGAGUCGGGAUUUGAAGCGACCAAUCAACACAUAACCCAAACCGUUCCAACUACAAUAAGGGAUGGUAGUAUGCGGUCAGGGCCUCAGGAGUUCCAUAAGAAGAAUGAGAAUAUGGGCUAAAUAUGGUUUGUGAAAUCAUAUUGGAAUUUGUUAUCAUUUUGUGUAUAGUAUGUUGUUGUUAUACAAUGAGCAAUCCAAUUGAACCAACACCAAACGGUAUUUCACAGUUCGAUCGAAAAUACAAGCCGACAUGACAUUUGAGGGAGGCUGAGCAUAUCGUCCCGAAAAAGACUCCAGUAUUUUAUGUGAAAAUCUGACAAUAAACCAUUACACAUAUUUAGAAAAAACUUCAAAUCUCGACACCACAACUCAGUUACCACGUCUGCUGAUUUGGGUGCCUCUCUAGGAGAUCUUCGACAUCUUUCCUUCCAGAUAAAAGUAAUCAAAGAAAACCAUAGCAGAGCAAUGAUUCACCCCAUUGUUGAAUUCUGUUGUGACUACACUUCAGCUUAAAACCAAUUUGAGAUCCUAGUUUGAGCUGCAAAAUAGAUUUCCCAUUUUAUUCACUAGGGAUCUAGAACAAUAAGAUUCAAAGAAAAAAUGAUCCCUCAUGUCAGUCCUAGAGCUACAAAACACACACAUGUAUCUUCACUUAUCUUCCCCCACGAACCAACUUUGCUUUUGUAGCCAUUGCAUCCAUCACCGUUAUCAUACUUGGUCAAAUUCCCAUGCGGGUCGUGUCAAUUGUUUGCACGGCCUAACUAACUACCCCAUUCCGAGCUAAGUAUAACUUGAAAUCGCGUUGCUAAUAAAGUGGUGGCCGAUGUCGUAUUCCAUGGGUUUCGAUACCCUAGACUACUUCUCACGUUUUUUUGUUGUUGUUAUCUAGCCAAUAUGUUUAGUUGGGUUUUUGGAGGUCAUUUGAAAAUACUAGUGGAGAAAGCAAGGAUACAAAGCAGGUACUUUGGGGUAACUUAGGUUUGUCAUAAAAAUGGCUAACUAUUUUGGGUUAGCAUGAUAAGGUGCGAAACUCGCUAAGUUGAGGGUUUCAAUGAUUAUUUCGCCUCCUCCUAGUACGCUCCCAGAGGCCCAUUGUCACCUCAGUCAAAUAUCACAUCCUAAGGAAUGAUCAGUAGUUCCUCUCAAUAGGUUCAACCUAUCAAGCACACUAAAUUGAUGGAUUGAUGACGCUUGCAUCAUCUCUAGCAUUUUUCAGGAAGGCAUUUCUCUAGCAGGGGUUCGGUCGCAUUGUCCACUAAAAGGAACCCUAAGAACAUUCAUCUACCUCCAAUUAGCCUUAAGGCGCUCAAAUCCAGUCUAACCCUAAGAUUCCCCACCUAGUUCUCAGACUCGGUUGUAGGCUAGUAGGGAAGAGUUGGAGAGACAAGACAUAGCAUAAUCAAGCAUAAAUGAAGCAUAUUAAUCACUGAAACAAACAAAUCCACACACAAACCCUAACACAAUUACAUCUACAUUCAAAACCUAACUCUAGGGUUUGAGGUUUUUACCCUAGUACCUUAGAGGACUACUCCAUAAAGGUGGGAACAAGAUACAUGUAAAGAAAUAGAAGAAGAUUUGAAUUGGGAGAGCUCCCUUCCUCCUUGACUCAUCCUUCUUCUUCGUCCUUCAACUUCUCUCUCUCAAACCAAAAUUUUCACAAUUGAUUUCUGCUCGUUGUCAGCAAUCUUCAACACGGGCACCACUACUGCUUGUUGCAUCUGUGAUAUCAAACGUUGGUGUUGAUCCACACGUCAUUCAUGCAACUCAAUCUUCGAUACUAGAUCGCGUACGCCAAGAUGUGAUAGAUAUGAAUAGAGAGCUGGACAAGUGGACAAUUGAUGUUUGAUUUUUUUAAAUGACAAGCGUGCCCUUCCCUCCAAUAAGGUUUGAAUUGUGGU